CAGAACCAAGAGAGAAGAUUUAUUUGCUCUUCUUCUUCUGUGUAUUGUUUUUACAGGUUCCCAGAUUCUCAGACAGUUGAACCACAUGAAUCAUCAAAUUGACUCAGUUGUCUCCAAUGGUGCAGGUAAGGUAAAAGAGCCGAGGGUAAUAUCUCCGGGAGGAUCAAAAACCGAAGAGAAGCAAAGUCAGGGUGCUACUUAUCAGACUCAUGACAUGGAUCAAGUUGGUAGAGAGAAGCCUCACGGAGAUGUGAACAUGGAAGCUUCCAUAUCAGCAGAAGAUGUGAUAAGAGCUGGAGGUUUUGGUGCUAAAGACGACAUUGGAAGCUUCCUUCCCGUGGCAAGUGAUUCCACUGACUUUGAAGAAUCACUCCGCUCUGCACGUGACUACGAAGAAGCUCAACCGGCUGUUCAAAGACCUGGUCUUGGCUGGCCUAAAGAAUAGAAUCUUUCUCAGUGAUUUGCUUGUUUCUAGUUCUUGUUAUGUCGAUGGCAAAGUUGGAUUAAUUCAAAUUAAGAGAACUCUCUUGUUCUUGCUCUGCUUUUGCCAAAACGUUUUCAUGGAUUUUUCUACUUUUUUUAUUUGAUAAGGUUAAGUAGUCGGUGAGAUCCAAUACACUUUUUCAUAAAUAAAAUAUUUUUAUCUACGCGAG